CAUAAGUCUUCAGUAUAACAUUGGCAAUAAUAUAAUGUGGUUUGCGCGCAUUGUAUUCUUCGAAACAGAAACGAACACAAAAAACGAAACGAAAUACGCGAGUGUAUUGUUAUAUUAAAGGGCUCCGCAAAACGACGAACUGUGGUGUUUUCAUACGAGCGAACUUAUGAAACAUAACGGUUUCAAAUGCAAGCGCAUUAAAGUCUACAUCGGCAAAACGGGAGUUUAGUAACAUUAUAUACGCAAUUUGAUGCUGAUUUCUUGCUUUUGAACGCCGUGCAAAAAGUAGAAAUCGAAAAUGUUGAACGCGUUCAGUGCGGUUGCGCCAUACUUGAAAUUCAAUCCGGCCUAUGUGGUAGUCGACAAUUUUGUAUUUAAAUUACAUUACCGUUGGACAUUCAUAAUUUUGUUGAUCGCCACUAUUUUGGUGACUUUGCGUCAAUAUUUUGGUGAACAUAUCAAGUGUAUAUCGGACACUAUACCGGCGCAUGUCAUAAACACAUAUUGCUUCUUUACGCCCACCUUCACGCUGGUGCGUCAUCUGAAUAAUAGCGCUUUGGAGAAAGGUCUCAUAUUUCAACCUGGCAUCGGUCCCGAAGAGACGCAACAUGAGGAAAUCAAACGACAUGCUUACUAUCAGUGGGUACCGUUUGUACUCUUCGGUCAAGCAUUGCUUUUCUAUAUUCCACACUUUUUAUGGAAAAGUUUUGAAGGUGGUCGCAUUAAGACACUCGUCUUGGGACUGCGUAUGGUCGGUCUCUCGCGGUAUUUAAAAGAUCAAAGUCUUAAAAUCGGAAAAUUAAAUGUACCAUCGUUGGAGGAGGCUGAGUCACGUGUGAAGAUUAUUCGUCGCGCCAUGAUCGAUCGUAUGCGCAUUAAUCAGUCGUGGGGUGCACAUCUCGCUUUGACGGAAUUCAUGAACUUGUUAAAUAUUUUAUUGCAAAUUUAUUUGACAAAUCGUUUUCUCGCCGGUGCCUUCUACAGCUUGGGCGUUAAAAUAUGGCGAGAACGUUGGACCGAUCAAAUGGAUGCACUCGAUGUGGUCUUUCCGAAAGUCACCAAGUGUCAUUUCCGUAAAUUCGGUCCGAGCGGCUCAAUCCAACUGCACGAUACCCUCUGUGUUAUGGCAUUAAAUAUUAUCAACGAAAAAAUUUACGCGGUUCUAUGGUUUUGGUAUCUAUUCGUUUUGAUCAUGACGAUAUUGGGACUGAUUUGGCGUUUGUGCACAUUUUUCUUCUAUAGGAACGUUCGCUUUACCAAAUUCACUUUUGCCUACUUCGCAAAGCCUGGACGCAUCGAUGAACAAGAAUUAGCCGCCGUGGUCGAGAAGUGUAAUUUUUCGAAUUGGAUGUUCUUGUUCUUUUUACGCAGCAAUAUUUCUGAGUUUCUCUUCAAGCGCGUGAUUUUCCAUUUGGCCAGUGAGUUGCCCGAUCCCGAGAAGGACAACAGCAUUAACGCAUUCUUGGAUAGAGAACAUACGGCGGCUAAGGUAGGAACAAGUGGAGGGGCGCAAAAAGUACAACUUGAUGAAGUCGAUACACCGCUACUGAGCGAGAAAGAUGGUGCCAAAAUGGAUUAAAAGUUUAUAUGUUAUUGUGGUGUUUUCCAUAGCAAUUUAUAUACGAUUUAGAGUUCGACUCAUUUUUUAUAAAGUGUAGCACUUAAGUUUUUAAUGUUUAUUCAUUAUUAAUAAGUUAUUGUUAUUUUCUAAAACAUAAAUCUAGUUAAAUUAAUCCAAAUUAAAUAAUAAAAUUCAUGGACUAGUUGAACUUGUACAACUGGUUUGAACUUGGUUCUGAAAUAUUAAUCAGAGAUAAUAAAGAAAAAGUCUGAAUGUAAUGAUGUCAA